UGGCCACCUCGACGUCCCAUCUCGCUUUCUUUCUCUUUCUCUUUCCCUUUCUCCCACUGGCGCAGGGCCCUCUCCUCGUCCUCCUCCAGUCCUCAUCCCCAUGGCCACCACCACCGCCUCCACCCCCCACCACUACUUCUACUCCUCCCGCCUCGCCCUCGCAGCCCGCGGCCACCGCGCUCCCAUGCCAUAGACGCCAGCCAGCUGAUCGGUCGACCUCGCUCGGACGCGGCACGCGGCGAGCGAGGCGGGCAUACCUGCGUUUCAUUUGCGAGCUCCCGGCGCGCGGGCCUCGGAUCGGAGGACGGAGAUGGUGCUGGAUCUCAAUGUCGAGUCUCCGGCCGACUCCGGCACGUCCAGCUCGUCCGUGCUCAACUCCGCGGACGCCGCCGGCGCCUUCCGGUUCGGCCUGCUCGGGAGCCUCGAUGACGACGACUGCUCCGGCGAGCUGGCGCCGGCCGCCGCGUCCGGGUUCGUGACGAGGCAGCUGUUCCCCGCGCCGCCGCCCGCGCCCGGGGUCAUGAUGGGGCAGGCGCCGGCGCCUCCGCCCACGGCGCCGGUGUGGCAACCUCGGCGCGCCGAGGAGCUGGUCGUGGCGCAGCGGGUGGCCCCCAAGAAGAAGACGCGGCGGGGGCCGAGGUCGCGCAGCUCGCAGUACCGGGGCGUCACCUUCUACCGCAGGACCGGCCGCUGGGAGUCGCACAUCUGGGAUUGCGGGAAGCAGGUCUACUUGGGUGGUUUCGACACCGCGCACGCGGCCGCAAGGGCCUACGAUCGCGCGGCGAUCAAGUUCCGGGGGCUGGAGGCCGACAUCAACUUCAAUCUGAGCGACUACGAGGAGGAUUUGAAGCAGAUGAGGAACUGGACCAAGGAGGAGUUCGUGCAUAUCCUCCGCCGCCAGAGCACCGGGUUCGCCAGGGGGAGCUCGAAGUACCGCGGCGUCACGCUCCACAAGUGCGGCCGCUGGGAGGCAAGGAUGGGCCAACUGCUCGGCAAGAAGUACAUAUAUCUUGGGCUGUUCGACAGCGAAGUUGAAGCUGCAAGAGCGUACGACAGGGCGGCGAUUCGCUUCAAUGGGAGGGAUGCUGUGACUAACUUUGAUAGUAGCUCCUACAAUGGAGAUGCUACACCUGACGUCGAAAAUGAGGCAAUUGUUGAUGCUGAUGCUCUUGACUUGGAUCUAAGGAUGUCGCAACCUACCGCGCACGAUCCCAAGAGGGACAACAUCAUCGCCGGCCUUCAGUUAACUUUUGAUUCCCCUGAGUCGUCAACCACAAUGGUCUCCUCUCAGCCAAUGAGCUCAUCGUCCCAGUGGCCUGUGCAUCAACAUGGCACAGCAGUACCACCUCAGCAGCACCAGCGUUUGUACCCAUCUGCUUGUCAUGGCUUCUACCCCAACGUACAGGUGCAGGUGCAGGAGAGGCCCUUGGAGCCAAGGCCCCCUGAGCCGUCCUCCUUCCCCGGCUGGGGGUGGCACGCGCAGGCCGUGCCGCCGGGCUCCUCCCACUCGUUGUUGCUUUAUGCUGCAGCAUCAUCAGGAUUCUCUACCGCCGCCGGCGCGAACCCCGCCCCGCCGCCGUCGUACCCCGACCAUCACCACCGCUUCUACUUCCCCCGCCCGCCGGACAACUAGCUCUCUGCUUACUCCCAUGGACGGUGGUCGACGGGUGUGGGCGUGUGCGCGGGCGCGAUCGACGUGUUCGCGCCUUGUCGGUAACAGUUGUUGUGAAUUAAUCGGAGAGAGAUAACAUUGCCGAGCCAUGUGUCACUGGCUGGUUCCUCUCCCUCGCCAUGAUCAGAAUCACAGGCAUCAUGGUUUCCCGUUCAGACUAUGUAUCCAUGCUUUCAAUCAUGAUCAUGAUCAUGCGGUUGUCCAUUACUAGAUUCUCAUGUAUCCAUGUUCAAGUUUGUGAAACAGCUGAAAAACCUUGGAAAUUAA